AUGACCGACGAGGUCACCAGCGUACAAAAUGAGCCGAGAACAGACAAGAAGGACGUCAAAGAACCGGAUCCCACAGGUCCGACUGGCAACCAGGAUAUUGACUCUGAGGAGAAACAUAGCAAUGGGGAGACUCACGAAUUGCCCGAGCUGCAGCGCAGGUUGAAGAGCCGCCAUUUGCAGAUGAUCGCAAUGGGUGGUGCGAUUGGAACUGGUCUCUUCAUCGGCAGUGGUACUGCAAUUGCAACAGCUGGGCCCGUCGGUGCCUUAAUUGCCUUUAGCUUCGUGGGGUCAAUUGUGUAUUCCGUCAUGACAGCUCUGGGUGAAGUAGCCACGUAUCUACCAAUCCCAGGAGCAUUUGCUGCUUAUGCUACUCGAUUGGUCGAUCCCAGCCUGGGGUUUGCCAUGGGCUGGAUCUACUGGUUUUCCUGGGCGUCGACUUUUGCCCUUGAACUGACCGCGACCGGUCUGAUUAUCCAAUAUUGGGACGAACAGAUCCCGAUGGCGAUUUUCAUUGCUAUUUUUUGGGUUCUUAUAAUCAUAUUGAACAUGUUCCCAGUGAGCUGCUACGGAGAAGUCGAAUUCUGGCUCUCCAGCAUUAAGAUCAUCACAGUUGUCGGGUUCAUGAUCUUCGCUAUUUGCAUGAAUGCUGGAGUUGGCAAGGAAGGCUACAUCGGGUUUAGAUACUGGGUGCAUCCCGGUCCCUUCCAACCUUACCUGAUCACGAACCCAGAGCAAGAUGCUCUAGCUAAAUUCGUCGGCUUCUGGGCCAUUCUCAUCAAAGCCGGAUUUUCAUACCAAGGAACGGAGCUUGUCGGCAUUGCCGCAGGAGAAACAGAGAACCCAAGCAAAAAUGUCCCCUCAGCAAUUCGCAAAACCUUCUUUCGAAUUGUAUUCUUUUUCAUUUUCACCAUUUUCUUCGCCGGCAUUGUCGUCCCGGCCACGGAUCAACACCUUACAUCCAGCGACGGCAACAGCGCCGAUGCAAACUCAUCUCCCUUCGUCAUCGCCGCAAAACGCGCCGGCGUCAACGCCCUACCGAGCAUUAUCAAUGCGGUCCUACUGACCGUGGUACUCUCAGCAGCCAAUUCAAACGUCUACAGCGGUAGCCGUAUCCUAGUCGGUCUAGCCAACGAAGGGUUCGCACCUCGCUUUUUCCUCAAGACAACCAAGCAUGGCGUUCCAUAUGGAAGUGUCGGCUUCACAGCCCUCUUCGGCCUAUUGGGAUUCUUGAAUCUAAGCAAUUCAGGAAGCACCGUUUUCAACUGGCUGAUGCAAAUUGCCGGUCUGGCGGGCUUUAUCACUUGGUCCUCACUCAACAUCUGCCAUCUGGCAUUUAUGAGAGCGUUGAAGGCGCGUGGUAUUUCACGCGAUACUCUUCCUUAUAAAGCGACUUGGCAGCCAUUCUUUUCGUGGUAUGGUCUGUUCUUUAACGUUUUGAUUAUCAUUACUCAGGGCUUUACGGCUUUCAUUCCAUCGUUCAGCGUUACGGACUUCUUUAUCAAUUAUCUCAGUCUGAUUCUGUUUGCCGUCUUAUAUUUCGGUCAUAAGAUUGCGUUCCGGCCGAAGUUUGUGAAGCCUAUUGAAGCGAAUAUUGACACUGGCAGAUAUGAGCCGGAGUAUGGGGCUUAG